UGGCUUGAAGAUCCUCUGUACAAUAUGUGCGACCUACCAGAGGAGGUCUGGGAUGGAAGAGAGAUUGAUAUUAUUUAUGCUGAGCUGGUUCCUGGUUCUAUAGUGUGGGCAAAGCAGCUUGGAUAUCCAUGGUGGCCAGGGAUGGUGGAACAUGAUCCGCAGACUGGGAAAUACUUUAUGUUCACAACCGACUCAGAUCAGUUUCCGUCAAAAUAUCAUAUUACAUUUUUUGACACGACUGUAAGCCAUGCAUGGAUCCCAGUGCCGCUGAUAAAGGGUUUCCGGGAGAUCCCUCAAGAGAGAAACGUGGCAAAGCGUGAUUUCUCGAAGAGAGUAAACACUGCGAAGAAGAUGGCUGAAGAAGCUCAGAAAGUUAAAAUACAGGACCGAAUAUCCCAGUUUGGAUUUCUUGUCAGAUAUAAGGGAAUUGAAGAUGCCAAACUUUCUGAAGAUAGUGCCAGUCAGGAAUCACUGGAGGAUCCCUGCAUUGUUGAGGAUGCAAAAAGACCAAAACCCAGGAACAAAGAAGAGUUUUGGAGUAAGGACUGUGCAGAGAAGGAGACUGAAACCCAUCAGCUGCGAGCCAGAAAGGGAAAAGAGAAGAAUGGUGAUGUUCACCUCGCUGCUGGUCCAAAGAAACCGGGCAAACAGAAAUCUCCAGCACAUCUGGUUAGGAAGAUGUUACCGAACAACUCCAAGUGGUUUAGAGACCCCACCUUGAAGAGGGACAGCAGUGGGGGCAAUCAGGAAGUCGCUGAGAAAUCAGCUGCCUCAAAUGGGAUUGAAGAGGUGGAGCCCAUGCCUCAGAGAGCCAAGGGGACUGAAGACAAAGUUACGGGACAUGGUCGUGUUCAGCACAAGGCUUGCUUCAGCCCUGACCCUGACUCCCACACACUGCCGCGCAUUGCAGCUGAAAAGGAAUCUAUGAUGGCGAAGAAACAUCUGCUCUGGGAACACCCAUCGCCUCCCAGAGAUGGCCUGGCCAGUGAAGGCUUUACCAAGCUGCUCCAAGAGGUUGUUGAAAAGAAACAAGAUGCAGAUAGCUUCUCAGAUAAUGACAUGGCAGUCUUAACAUUGAAGAAAUCAGAAGAUGAAGAGGAAUUUGCUGACUUCAUGUUCGAGGAGUGA